AUGGCACCCUAUCCUGCGCGAGUUCUCUCGAUUGCCAAUCUCAUUCACCUAGACUACUGGAAGGCGAAUCACAAGCUCAAGAAACCCAAACAGGUUGUUCCCUACAUCAAAUGGAAGCCUCCUCCCUUUGGUUGGAUCAAGCUCAACUUCGAUGGAUUAGUCAAAAAUGGAGUUGCAAUCAUUUGUCAUUAG